AAGAUAUUUUUAGAAAAUAUUCAAUCGCAGAAAUCAACUAAAAGAGAAAUAUACGUUUGGAUUCGUCACUGACGUCAAGGUUUUUUAAAAAUCGGAUCAAGAUGAACAUCCCGCCGAUUCAACAGCCAGGUGCUAUGGGUGUGGGACAAAUGGGACAGUCGGUAAAUCCUCAGUUGCCCCAGAAUCAACAACAGGCGCAACAAACGCAACAACAAGUUCAGCAGCAACAGCAACAACAGCAACAGCAGCAGCAACAGCAGCAACAGCAACAAAGGGGUAUCAAGCGCAGCAUCUCCGACGUUUGCUACGGCGACGACGGUAAUAAUCCACGGCAGCAAUCGCUCUCGCAGGGCAUGCCCGCCGGCGGCAUGCCCGGCGACUGCGUCCCCGACAAUCUCGACGAGUCCUUCACCAGUCUAGGCCAGCCGAAGAAGUCACCCCCUUCGAAUGGCAAGAAGACUAAGGGCCGGGUGAAAAUUAAGAUGGAGUACAUCGACAAUAAAUUACGGAGAUACACCACGUUCUCCAAGAGGAAGACUGGCAUUAUGAAGAAGGCAUACGAGCUGUCGACGCUGACCGGUACGCAAGUGAUGUUACUGGUGGCGAGCGAGACCGGGCACGUGUAUACGUUCGCGACGCGCAAACUGCAACCAAUGAUCACAAGCGAUGCUGGGAAGGCGCUAAUCCAGACGUGUCUGAACAGUCCGGAUCCACCGCCGUCGGGUUCGUCGGGCGACCAGAGGAUGUCAGCAACCGGGUUCGAGGAGACCGAGCUGACGUACAACAUCGCCGACGACGAGCAGAAAGAGGAAGGCGCGUCGCCCAGAUCCGACGUCUGCGCUAACGAGAGCGACGGCGAGAGCAGCGACGGUGACUCUCCCGUCGUCCCUAAGGAUCCUCUCAAGAUUACCAAUCAUUCGGGAAAUGUGCCUUCGUUCUCUGCAGGGAUUAUGUACCAGGUGCCUCAGAGUGUCAUUUAUUCGCCCAGUCCAGGGGUCUUGCUCGGCAUAGGACAAAACGGGCAACCGGUGCAAAUAUCUCAAGACGGAGGUACAGCACCGGCGACGAACUCAUCGCAAUCGAACCAGCCGUUCAUCACAAUACCGUUGAACGUCGCGAUGAGCGCGGGAUUGUCCUUACCGGUGACCUCCAGGAUGUCCUCCAGGUCACCCACGACGACGACUUCGACGACAACGGCGGUAGCGGCGAUGUCCGGCUGCAGCGACUUGCCUUCCGACCUGAGCAAAGAUCGGGAAUGACGCAGGAAUUCUCCGACGAGCGGAGUCUCCGACGACGACGAAAGUAGCAGUUAAGCCUCUGCUUUCUCGCUCGCAACAGGCGGAAAUUCGUCGUGCGAACUUGUCAGGCGAAUCGCGGAAACGGAUUUUCAUGCCCACGCGGAUAUCACCGGUCUUGUGAUACUUCCACGUCCGGGAUAACAUCGGAGCGAGUGAUCCAGGUUUUCAAACGGAUUACGAGCGACUAUGACUUCAUCGCCAUGUGGGAUUCUUCGCCCUCCUUCGUGCUCUCAUUCUCGGGGACGGAUGUUUGUGUACUUUUAUACGAAGGAAACUAGGAGAACAGGAUUUGCUAGUAUGAUCACGCACUUUUCGGUUAAUAGGGAAUAUCAACAUGAAUAUGAAAUUAAAUUAAUAAUGGGGCAAGAGCGAAGUUUCUAAAGAUGGGAAGAAUAACGAAUUUAUCCUAGAAAAGUAUACAUUUGCAGGAUAUGCUGAUUGUAGAUCGCUGAUCACAAAUUUUAUCUCGAAGUAUAAACUCGUGAUGAACUCGUUGCGUGAUAAACUCGUCAAUUGUAACUAUUCGAUAUAUCUUUAAACGUUAAUACUAUUUUGAAACGUUUGCAUGUAAGUCAUAGAAAACAAAAAAGGGCUGAGACUUUAUCUUUUCUUAUUAUUUUAGGUCUUAUUAUUUUGUAAAUUUUUAUACUUUUUCACUCAGAACACAUAUUAUGGAAUUACUGGAAAUAAGUUCCGAUUGGAAUUAUUCCGUUUUCUCUAAAAAGUACAAUAAAAACUUAGGAAAUAAUUGAAUAAUUUUAUAAUAUAUAUUCUGAUUUCUGUAUUUUUUUAACAUAAUAUUUGAUUUGUGAUACCUUUCUAAACACAUACAGUCUAAGUAUUGUUUACUUAAUUAUUUUUUAUUGAUUAUUAAAAAGUAAAAUAAUAGAAAUAUCUGACAUCCUCUCAAAAUUUGCAUAACAUCACUUCAGUAUUAGAUGCUCGAAUCGCAUAUAUAUCUGGCGAGUAUCCAGAUACGUGGCAAAUGGACAGUCCGGUCAAUACGCGUGUUCAGGUAUUCGCGUCGAUCGUUUUGUACCGCGGAAUAGAACUUCUCAAUCACAUGCAUACACACUGUGUGUGAGGGUGUUGUUGGGACCCGCCACCCUCACUAUCGUAAUACGCCUAAUUUGAAUCGCACUAAAAUACUCGAAUGACCUGAACAACGAAUACACUAUAAACGAACCUCGGUAGCAUAUUCCGAGAAUGCUCACUGCCAAUUAUGAGACUGACAUCGCAUACGUAUGCAAUACCUGUCCCGUUUAGAUAGCCGCUUCGAGCGUUUUGCUUUUGGUUGUAUCAAACGAUCACUUUACUUUUGUAACGCAGUUUCGAAUUAUUUUUAUUGACAGUUGAGUUGUUCGCGCGCUCCCGAUAUUUAAUUAUUAUGGUGAAAAAUAAAUUAUGGUGAAUCAUAUUAUCACACUAAAUUAGAUUCUUACACCACGUUUUUUUUAUAUAACUUCUCAUUGUAAAUGGAAACGGACGAGCGCGACGUUUCUUCGAUAUUUCAUUUCGAUGUCUCUAUAAACUUCUGUAUUUUGAAAGUAAAUUCAUUUCGUAACUAUCGCGGCAUUGUUACUUAUAAGUUUAUAUUCUGAAAUUCUAGAGAAUGUUAAUUAUUAUUUAUCAUUGCAAAACACGGAAAAUCAUACAUCUCCAAAUCGACAUCAUAUCUUGCAAUGAGCAGAGGAAACCGACCGUGAAGAGCAGCAGUUCUUCUUUAAUUUACAAUCCUUGAAUUAUCGACUUGGACAUCAGUUUCGCCCACGUAUUGCGCAUGCUGUUGAUAUGCAUCAGUUCUUUUGCGCCUGAAGCAUUAGAAUCAAGCGACAGUGUAUAUGUAUGGACCAAAAUAUAUUUGAGUAAAAAUAAUAGUUUAUGCUAUAGAA